AUGGGCCUCUGCCGUGAGAGGGCACAUUGUCUCGGUCAGAGUGUGGAGACAAUCAUCAAACUCCUCAUGAUGAAGGCUCGUACAGUUUCUGCUUUGCUCUGUAUCAUAUUUGCGUCCAUGACAACAGCUGCAGUGGUGGCUGUUGAAGAGACACCGGAAGAAGCACAGAACUCUGUAGAUACCAGUUUACUAGCAGAGGAUGUUCAGGGCUUUGAAGCUGUAGUUCCAUCAGAUUCAGAGAUGGCUGAAGUUCCAGAAAAUGACGAUGAGGCUGAUGCAGCUGCUCGGAUGUACUGUCCACCUGGCUGGUUCAGUUUUGGAUCCCGCUGUUACCAGUAUGUCAGCAGUCAUAUGAACUGGAUCAAUGCUGAGAAACACUGUGUAAACCAGCAGGCAGCUCUGGCCUCAGUGCGAAACCCAGAUGAAUACCAAUUCCUUCAGAAUCUGGCUCAAAUUGCUGGCCGAACAACUGCCUGGAUAGGUGGAUUUUAUUUCCAGGGCUCAUGGAUGUGGAUUGACAGAACAGGUUUUUACUACCAGAACUGGUACUCUCAAUCCAGUGUUAGUAGUUAUCCAUGCAUGUACAUGCGCUCAUCAGGUGGAUGGUCAAAUACUAACUGCGCAAGUUCCUUACCAUUUUUCUGUGCUCGUAGCCAAAAUCCUUGUAAUUGAAAACCUCAGAAUGC